AUGUUGUCCAACAUUAAACCCCUAUGUCUCAGGUUAAGAGCAGAAGCUCUUAAUGCAUCUCAGGACUCCAAGGAUGAAGGAGGUGAUGAUUUUUCAUCACCCAUGCAAGAUGGCGACAUGACAAUGAUUCAACGGCGUCGAUUCACACGCGUGGAGAUGGCCCGAGUGCUGAUGGAGAGGAACCAGUACAAAGAGAGGCUGAUGGAGCUGCAGGAGGCUGUACGGUGGACAGAGAUGAUCAGGGCAUCCAGAGAGAGUCCUCCAACUCAAGAGAAAAAGAAGUCUACCAUCUGGCAAUUUUUUGCACGUCUCUUCAGCUCAUCGGCCAGCCCUCCGCCUGUCAAGCGUCCAUACUACAGCGUCAACAUACACUACAAGUCGCCCUCACCGGCUGGUUUCUCUCAGCGCCGCAGUCAGACCAUGUGUCAGAUCUCCACCUCCAACCGCACUCUGGAGUUCUUCCCUGAAGAACUGGCGAGUAACGGUGUUGCGUCUCUCCUCAGUGACUCAGCACUCGUGGCCCGCCGGGAGCAGCGGCGGGAGCAGUACCGGCAGGUCCGUGAGCACAUGCGCCGUGAUGACGGCAUCAUGCAGGCAUGUGGCUGGAGUGUGCCAUCUCGAUUUAAACAGACUGGUGGUCAGACGGACAGCGCUCAGGACACCCCUGUGAAGAGACAACAGACCACCAACGAAAAAGAGGACAACCGCAUGAAGAACGUUCCCGUCCCGGUUUACUGUCGCCCUCUGGUGGAGAAGGACCCCAACAGGAAGUUGUGGUGUGCAGCGGGGGUGGACCUAACAGGAUGGAGGGCCAGCAGCCAGGAGGUGGGGCCAGCCAAGGCGCUGUCAGGCAACAGUGACCCGCUGCGUGCUGAGGACGAUGGAGCUGAGAAGAAAAACAACCACACUUCACCAGAGAAGAAGAAGCUCCAAGAGACAGACACUAUGAGCAGUCGAGUGUGGAUCCUCACGAGUACCCACUCUGCCAGCAAGGUGGUCAUCAUCGAUGCCAACCAGCCGGGCUCGCUUGUUGACCAGUUCAACGUGUGCAAUGCUCACGUGCUCUGCAUCUCCAGUGUGCCAGCUGCCAGUGAGAGUGACUAUCCAGCAGGAGAGAUAGUGUUGGAUCCAGGUGAUGGUGGUGCAGGUGGAGGCGAGGACACUGGGAGUGUGGAGGGCAUGUUGGCUGGAAUCACUCUUGUCGGCUGCGCCACUAACUGCAGCGUCGCCCGCAGUAACUGCUCCUCGCGCACUGACACUCCCAUAAUGGACAAAGGACAAGCCCCCACCGCUCCCCCCAUGAACGGGAGGAUUCACCCUGCACAGUCCGCCGAGGAAGCAACCGAGGCCACCGAGGUUCCUGAGUCAACAGCCAGCCACACAGAAAUGAGAUCUGGACCGCCGGGACCGUUUACCGAGCACGUCUUCACCGACCCCCAGCCUCGUCCAGCAGACGCCUCUGACCGAAGUGCAGGUCAGUCCAAAGAGGACAUGUCACACCCUCCAGAGUCAGAGGAUGGAGGUGAAGAGGCCAAAAACUACACAAGCGUUGCCCCCACUAUGUGGCUUGGGGCCCAGAACGGCUGGCUCUAUGUUCACUCCGCUGUUGGAAACUGGAAAAAGUGUCUCCACUCCAUCAAACUCAAAGACUCUGUGCUCAGCCUGGUACAUGUCAAAGGUCGUGUGCUGGUCGCCCUCGCAGACGGAACCCUCGCCAUUUUCCACAGAUCAGAGGAUGGACAGUGGGAUUUGUCCAACUACCACCUAAUGGACCUCGGUCGACCUCAUCACUCCAUUCGCUGCAUGGCUGUCGUCCACGAUAAGGUGUGGUGUGGCUACAAGAACAAGAUCCAUGUCAUCCAGCCCAAGAGCAUGCAGAUUGAGAAGUCGUUCGACGCCCACCCCCGCAGGGAGAGCCAGGUGCGGCAGCUAGCGUGGAUCGGUGACGGCGUCUGGGUGUCGAUCCGGCUCGACUCGACUCUGCGUCUCUACCAUGCUCACACUCACCAGCAUCUCCAGGACGUGGACAUUGAACCAUACGUCAGCAAGAUGCUGGGUACUGGCAAGCUGGGCUUCUCCUUUGUGCGAAUCACAGCACUUCUAAUUGGUGGAAAUCGUCUUUGGGUCGGAACUGGAAAUGGUGUGAUCAUCUCCAUCCCUCUGACAGAGACCAAUAAGGUAUCGCCAACGUCCUCCGGUGGAGUCAUCCGUGUGUACGGUGACGACGGCUCCGAGAAAAGCAGCGGCAGCUUCAUCCCGUACUGCUCCAUGGCUCAGGCUCAACUCUGUUUCCAUGGACACAGAGACGCCGUCAAGUUCUUCGUCUCUGUACCCGGCAACGUUCUGGCCACCCUUAAUGGCAGCGUGCUGGACAGUCCAUCAGAGGGACAGGGCUCCACGGUGCCUGCAGAGACGGAGGCCCAAAGUGUUCACAACGUGCUGGUGCUGAGUGGAGGAGAGGGAUACAUCGACUUCCGUAUAGGUGACGGAGAGGACGAUGAGACGGAGGAAGGAGAAAGCAGUGCGGUAGUAUCGCAGAUAAAACCCGCUUUGAGCAAAGCAGAGCGAAGUCACAUCAUUGUCUGGCAGGUGUCUUAUGUACCCGAGUGACACCAGGACCUGCGUUAACGCCCCACACACACCCACCCACCCCCUCUUCCUCCUGGCCCCCUGAAAAGCUUCCAGCCACCCAAAACUUGUAAUUAUCCCCGAUCAAGUAAAAUGUCCCCUUGGCUCUAAAACGACCCUCUAAGCAGUGUAUUGUACCUUGUAACUAUUAUAUCCCCUCCUGCCCCAUCACCUUGUAACUUAAAUGCUUGUAAGUACAAACAUUCUCUGACCUAUUAAUCUGCCUGCCAUCCUGUCCCACUCAGGACAUUGUUCAUGAGCUUUGUAACCCACUCACAUAACUAUCCCCAACUCCUGUGUAUCAAUCAACCCUGUAAGCACACUCUGUAUUUACCCCAGUCACUCUGCAUCUGCCCCAGAGUUAGUUACGCCCCCUUUCUCCAUUUUGUUUGUCAUCUCUGAAACCUUUACCUCUUCUUAGAAAAAAAAAAGUCAAGGGCGAUGCUGACUUUACAUUUCUACUGCAAAUCUGCGUGGUUUCUCCAACAACAGCCAAUCCAUAAUUAUUUAUUCAUAGCACAAUACGGAUCCUGGCUUUCAUGGAUACAGGUAUCAGGUGCUAGCACACACACAGGGAUCAUGUUUUGGCACCAAGUUCACAGUGAUCAUUUCCCCGUCCUUGUGUUUGCUAAAACUUUGACAAUGUGUUCAAAUGAGUUGGUAUAAGUCACAUGGAAAAAGUCAAAAUGGAUACAUGUCCAAUUAUUACGCUUAAACGUCUGGGUUCUUUAGGCUGUGACCUCAUCUCACCUCGCCUCAGUUUUAAAAAAGUGUCCCGAUAAAGACUGUGUUCUAAUCACAGUGCGGUUAUUGAGCCCAAAAUGGCUGAAGCAGCUUAAUGCGAAUGAGCUCCAAACAUGUGCAUAUAAUAUGCUUUGAAUUGCACGGGUGACACCGAGGGUUCAGUCAACUAAUUUCUCUCAUCCGACUGGCUGUGGAUCGGACGGUUUGGUGUGAAGCGGGAGGUGAGCGGGUGGCGUGUCGUCGGAACGUGUACAGGGAUUAUUGUAAAUCUCCAAACACACUGAAGCUCAUCCUCUCUAUGUUCAGUAUGAUACUUCAUGCAUUGAUCUUUGUGUGGAUUAAAUAUUAAACAUAUUUGUGUGCUGAAAAUCA